AUGUCUGGCCCAGCUCCGCCAGCUCCGCCCGUCGGUCCAGAUACUUUGAUUACUAUCAAGAUUCUGCACAAUGACUCAGUGAACCGUCGCUUCAAGAUUCCUUUGCGUGACUUGGGUGCUCGCAUUUUCCCUCAAAAGGUCCGCUAUCUGUUGACAGUCGCACCCACCGACUCCUUAAUCCUUGAACGCUAUUCCGAUAGCCUCGCCAACUACAUUGUCCUGGACAGCGAGAAUCCUGCUGUCUACAAGCAGCUCUACCGUGCUGCCAAGGCCAAACUCAAACUCCGCAUCAAGGCUACCACUAAACCCCAGGACUCCACAGACGCGCCAAUCACCUCUCCUAUCGAGGAACCUCGUAUCCAGGAACAAUCUCACCAACGCUUCCGCUACUUGGAGACUGUGCUUAGUCCUUCUCAGACGUCCUCUCAAUCCAAGAGUAUGACGUCACCCCUCACUUCCCGGGCUCGGGCCUUCUCACCCGUGUCUUCUGUCCACGAGGAGAAGCAGCAGGCCAUCCCUCUCCGAUUCGCCAAUAACAAUCACCUCGGCAGUGCAUUCUGCAUCGACUGCAACAACUGCGGAGGUAGCAUUCCCAGCGAACACUAUCACUGCAGCAUCUGUGACGACGGCGACUACGACUUGUGCCUUAAUUGCGUUGAUGCCGGUGUAUCCUGCCCUGGUGAGAACCAUUGGUUGUUGAAGCGACUGGUACAGAAUGGGGUCAUCGUUAACAGCGUUACCACAAUCGCACCCAAACGUCUUGAUCCAGAUUCUAGCACAGAGGAACCUACCCCAGUGAAGGAAGAGCCAAAGGUUGAAGAUAAGAUUGAAGAAAAGAUUGAGGAAAAGGAGAUUGUUCCUGAGCCCGAGGUCCAGGAGGGACAGAAAGAGGUCGCAGACGAGCGUACUUGCAAUGCAUGCUUUAGAGAAUUCUCCGAGAGCACAAUGGUCCACUGCGACAACUGCGAAGACUAUGAUUUGUGCAUUGGUUGUCUAUUGAAGAAUGUUCAUGGACACAACCCUGCCCACGCUUUCUCCAUUAUCAAGGAGCAUCAGCUUGGUUUGAAGAGUCUAGUUCUCUCCCGUUGCCGUCCAGGUCGCCAUUACCAUCAUGCCGCGAUCUGCGAUGGAUGUGAAAAGCGCAUUGUUGGAGUCCGACACAAGUGCCUUAGCUGCCCUGACUGGGAUUACUGCUGGUCUUGUGUAAAGACUGCCGAUCAGUCCCACCCUCAGCACCGGUUUGUCCCCAUCUACGGACCCAUCACUGAAACAUCCCUCUCUCGGGAUGUCCAUUGCGGCAUCUACUGUGAUGGUCCCUUGUGCCGCGGCAAGGCCACCGCCUCAUACAUCACUGGUGUUCGUUACAAGUGUGCUGUCUGCCAUGACACCGACUUUUGCGCUGCUUGCGAGGCCUUGCCAGCCAACCCCCACAAUCAGACUCAUCCUUUGAUCAAGUUCCGUACUGCAGUACGCAAUGUAACUGUCAACACACUGGGUGACGAUGGCUUCGGUGGUCAGACCAUGGUCAUGGGUGACCGUACUCCUCCAGCUGUGCGUAGUUUUGCCGAUGUCCCGUCCGCCAACUCCGUUGUCGAGGCGCCGUCUGUUGUGGAAAAGGCCGAAUCGAUAGUGCCGGAGACAGUUGAAGAGCCAGCUUCCGAGACAGCCGAGACAGCCGAGACAGCCGAAACAUCCGAAACCCCUGCAACUCCCCGUCGAUCAUCGGUUGACUUUACCGACGACUACAGCGCCUACUUUAUGAAGGAUACCGUUUCUGAUGGAACCGCUAUGGCCCCGGGCCAAGUUUUCCAACAGACCUGGACACUUUACAACCCUGGACCUACCACAUGGCCAGUAGGCACCAGCGUUCGCUACGUUGGUGGUGAUGCCAUGUUCAACAUCAACACGGAGCAUCCUUCCAGCGUUGUGGCUCUUGCUGUAGCCAUGUCGAGCAACGAGUUGACCCACCCAGUUGCCCCUUCAGAAUCGGCCGACUUUACCGUCACUUUGAAGACCCCUCAGCGUACUGGUACUUCUAUCUCUUACUGGCGCUUGAAGCACCCCAACGGCACUCCAUUCGGCCACAAGCUUUGGUGUGACGUCAAGAUUAUCGACGCGCCAGUUGCGGCAGUCGAGCCAGUUGAAAAGGAGGCUGAAGAACAGGUUAUAAUCGAGUCCGAUUGUACUCCUGACGUUGAGGUUGAGGUUGAGACUGAGGUCGAGACUGAGACUGAAAUGUCCGGUAGCAACAUGGUUUUCCCCAAGCUCGAGAAGGAGUCCCCAGUCUCUAGCACCCACACACUUGCGCAAAACCCUGCACCUUCCUACACUGCUCCUUCAGUAUCCACUGUUGACGACCAGGCUCUUCCUGAGGAUAUGGAGAGCUUGGCACUUGAGGACAGCGACGACGGCUUCUUCACUGAUGAAGAGUACGAUAUUCUCGACGCUAGCGAUCAGGAGUCCAUCAACGGAAAGCAGUAA